CAACAACAGCAGAGACACUCACCAACUGCUACUACAGACUAGAGACUACUCCAGCUACCAAUCCAUCAACCAGCAAUGAGAGAAAUCGUUCAUCUACAGACAGGACAAUGCGGUAACCAGAUCGGAGGUGCCUUCUGGUCCACCAUCUCAGGCGAGCACGGUCUCGAUGGCAAUGGUGUCUACUGCGGUGACUCUGACAUCCAGCUCGAGCGCAUGAAUGUCUACUUCAACGAAACCUCCUCCAACAAGCAUGUUCCGCGUGCCGUGUUGAUUGAUCUCGAGCCCGGUACCAUGGACGCCGUUCGUGCUGGACCAUUUGGCAACCUCUUCCGACCAGACAACUUUGUCUUUGGUCAGAGCGGCGCCGGCAACAACUGGGCAAAAGGACACUACACAGAAGGUGCCGAGCUCGUUGACUCUGUGCUCGAUGUCGUGCGUCGUGAAGCCGAGGGCUGCGACUGCCUGCAAGGUUUCCAAAUCACACACUCACUCGGUGGUGGUACGGGUGCCGGUAUGGGAACCCUUCUCAUCUCCAAGAUUCGUGAAGAGUACCCAGACCGUAUGAUGGCCACUUUCUCCGUGGUGCCCUCUCCCAAGGUCUCCGACACGGUGGUGGAACCUUACAAUGCCACCUUGUCCAUCCACCAGCUCGUGGAGAACUCGGACCAGACUUUUUGCAUUGACAAUGAGGCAUUGUAUGAUAUCUGCAUGCGCACACUCAAGCUCUCCAACCCAGCCUACGGCGACCUCAACCACCUCGUCUCCUCUGUCAUGUCAGGCAUCACCACGUGUCUGCGUUUCCCAGGCCAGCUCAACUCGGACUUGCGCAAGCUCGCCGUGAACAUGGUGCCCUUCCCGCGUCUGCACUUUUUCAUGGUGGGUUUCGCACCGUUGACGUCGCGUGGUUCGCACUCCUUCAGGCACUUGUCGGUGCCUGAACUGACGCAGCAAAUGUUUGACCCGAAGAACAUGAUGGCUGCAUCGGAUCCACGUCACGGACGUUACUUGACCGUUGCUACGUACUUCCGUGGUGCCGUGAGUAUGAAGGAGGUGGAGGAACAGAUGCGUUCCGUGCAAAUCAAGAAUUCCGCCUACUUUGUUGAGUGGAUCCCCAAUAAUGUCCAAACUGCUUUGUGUUCUGUGCCACCACAGGGACUCAAGAUGUCGUCGACAUUCAUUGGUAACUCGACAUCGAUUCAGGAGCUCUUCAAGCGUGUGGGUGAUCAGUUCUCCGCCAUGUUUAGGCGAAAGGCCUUUUUGCACUGGUACACGGGUGAAGGUAUGGAUGAGAUGGAAUUCACAGAGGCAGAAUCCAACAUGAACGAUCUCGUGAGCGAGUACAUGCAGUACCAGGAAGCGAGCGCUGAUGACCUCGAGGAGGAGGAGGCGUACGAGGAGGAAGCUUAAGAUUGGCUUUGUUGCAACGUACCUUUAGUCUCUUUUGCCUGCAGUAGACCCCAAAUUUGCCAUUGCUUUGAAU